AUGGACGGCGGCACGCGUGCACGAGUCGAGGAGGAAAAAGCCCUGGAUUCGUCUCGCCUGCGAUCCUCCGCUCGGCUCGGCUUCGCGAGUUCCUCCUCGGCCGGCAGCUCUCGCAUCGCCAGGCGUAAAAGGAAGAAGAGGAGGCGACAGCAGCGACGGAGCAGUAACGUCGACGACGAGGACGAGCUCGUCGUCGUCGGUGGCGUUGCCGGUGGCGGUGGCGGUGGCGGUUGCGAAUUGAUUGCCAACACCACCGCGCACCAGUCAGCACCAGUAGGGCAAACGAUAUCCAACGAGGAGUCGACAACCACCAGGCAGUCGAAAAAUCGGCUAUCGCACACCAACGAAUCUCAACGAAACGUAACCAGAGGAGGAAGCGGCUCGCGCGCGGCUGCCUCCUCCCUCAACUCCGGCAACACGCUUCUCAAUCGUCGAGCUGCCGGCAAGCGAUCGUCCAGGAGAUGCAACGCGAACGCGCGUAGGAACGCGAUGACGAUGGAUCUCCAGAGACUGAUCACCGAGGUGCACGCCAGGCCCGCGAUCUGGGAUCAGAAGAACGUCAACUAUCACAAUCGCGACGUCAUCCUAAAGAUGUGGCGAGAGAUCGCGAGGGCUUGCGAGGUCUCCACGGACGUCGCAAAGUCCAAGUGGAAGCAUCUGCGAGACAAUUUCCGCAACGAAUUGAAGAAGACCUAUCGAGGGAAGUGCGACGGCGGGGCGAACGAGCACGACUCGAAGUGGGUCUGGUUCAAGAGCCUGUUCUUCCUCCGCGACCAAAUGAAUUCGAGAGUGAUCGGGUGCACGCUUUCGCAGAACUGCUCGCAGGCGGCCCUCCGCUCGUCGCCGGAGGAGACGCAAAUCGAGCCACAGAUCGACAUCCUCGAGGGUCACGAGGAGGCCCAGUUCGACGAUCUCGAUGGCGAUUCUUGCCAGUCUUUGCUAUCGAACGACGACGGCCUGCAUCAGGUGAUGCCGCCGCCUAAGAUGAACAAGAUCGGUAGGAAAAGGAGCUUGAUGGACACGAUGGACAACAAUUACUCGGACGCCGACCGCAAGAGAUUCGAAUGUUUGCAGAAGAGGCUGAGGAUAUCGCAGGAGGAGGAGGAAGACGAUACCUAUCAUUUCCUCAUGAGCGUUCGAAAUCCAUUGAAGAGCUUGCCGCUCGAUAGGCAGAUGUUUAUUAGGUUGAAAAUUCAAGAGCUCGUCUACAACGAGAUCAACUCGCAGAAUCAGCAGAGUCGAACGUACGAGGUCUCGCAAGACGUGAAACCUCCGAGGAUAGUGAACGCCGGUGGAUCACUCGGAGUCGAGGUUGGACUGGCAGGUAGUCUCGUCACUGGUCUCAGCGAAUCCGUCACUGGCGCCGAUACAAAUGGAAGCGGUGAUGGUGGUGGCGGUUGUGGUGGUGGUGGUGGAGGUGGUGGUGGAGGUGGAGGUGGUGGUGGUGGUGGAGGUGCUGCUGCUGCUGCUGCUGCUGCUGGAUUAGAGAGAGGGCAGAGUGUUAACGACAUGUCCAACCACCCUGCAUCGUUACUUCACAAUUGCACGACAGAGGGCUCCAGCGAAGAUACAUUCUUU